GUAUGAUGCGAAGGGGCGGUGUUAGACAAUACCACCCCACAAAUAUAUUCCAACCCUCUGUCAUUCUGAACAGCUUUUACUAGAAAUUCUCUCAUACCCUGAUCCGUUAUAGCCUGAUCAGGCGACGGAGCUCUAGCGAAAGAGAAGGAUUUAACGCAGAUGGUUUUCGAUUAAAGGGCUGUUUUAUCGCCAGUUGAUUCUCAAGUAAUCGCAGUCUCGCUCAAGAGGACUAACAACAUUUCACUACUUUUUCUACAAUCUUAUCGACAGAGCAAUCUCUAUUGUCUAGAGUCUGGGGUCACGAUGCAUCACCCCCAUAUUUUUAUCUCAAUAUCGAAGGCAUCAUCCAUUAUUUUUACAAAAGAAACACAGUGAAAGGCAGAAUUACUCAGCAUCACAAUUUUGACAAAAACAGAUAUCACUUUGUUAUCGGAGGAUCUCAAAGUAGAUGAAGAAAUAUAAUAUAACACGGCGGGAAGAUGCUCAAUGCAAGAAAUUACAUAAAGACACGAGGAUAGAGUAAAGAGUUGGACAGCUUGUAAAGGACAAGGUUCUUCUUUCUGGAGCUGUCUAGUGCAUAACACGGACUAAAACAAUACGGUGAACCUGUUUGAAACUGAAAAUGAUGCUGAGUCCAGAACAAACUGAUUCAGAUCUGCCGUGGAGCCAGUCAGACGCUGAAACUAUGCUGAACGAUAUAAAGGUUGGCUGCAUCACGGAUGAGCCCAUGGAGGGAGAGGGCAAGACGAAGUCUCUGGCCCCGCAAACUCUCAGCAGGGAGGAAAAGAGGAGGCGUAGACGCGCCACAGCCAAAUACCGUUCAGCCCAUGCCACUCGCGAGAGAAUCCGGGUUGAAGCCUUCAAUGUUGCCUUUGCCGAACUGAGGAAGCUGUUACCUACCCUGCCACCUGACAAAAAGCUGUCCAAGAUUGAAAUUCUGAGACUAGCUAUUUGUUACAUUUCAUAUCUAAAUCAUGUGUUGGAUGUUUAGCAGAAGGUCCAUAUUUAUGAUGAGUAACGUACUCCAAGGACACAUGGGGGGCCUAUUUUCGGCAAACAACACAGUAUCCUAAUUUCGCAGUUUGUGGUCUGACAUUUUGGCUUUUUGCGCUACCAACAUUGCAAGUGCGAUUGGAAGAGAUAGAAACCACGUAAGAUGGCUACCACCCAAGUGUUCAUUAGACAGGUAUUAAUGAAUUUAAUUAGAUAUUAUAGCUUAGAGCGAAAAUAAUACCCCCUUUAACCAAAAUGGUGAUUGCUCAAAGAGUCGUGAACCAUUUAAGACUGUGGUCCCUGCUUUAAGCUAUAGGCUACACAGAAUAAAUGAUGCAAUAAGGUCGAGAGGGACUUAAAACAAAUUGAAUAACUUAUGUUAUUAUAUAUGGACACACCAUUGUAGAGCAUUUUUUUCUAGCUCGAAAAAAGUACAGAGAUAACCCGGCCCGGUUGCAUCACUCUGUAUAACAGUGAGGAAAAAACAGCCCCUCUCCUCUAAUAGCUGCUCUGUAGAUGUAGUAGUUGUUCAAUCAGGAGGAAAUGACGUAUAAGUGCCACUUGAAUUAUGACAUUGUGACCAUAACCACUCGUAUUUAAAUAUUUGUUAUUUAUUAUACUUGUUGAAUAUGUUUUCAUAUGAUUCACGUCAUUUUAAUUCAUUUAUUUAUUUAUUUAUUUUGAAAGAUUGUUGUUUAGAAUAAUGUACUUUGGUUGUAGGCUAUGUAGGCUAGUUAAAAGAAAAGUUACCGUGUGUUAGACUUUGUCAUUCAGUAACGAUGAGAAAAAUGUUAAGCAUCAACUUGCACAUUUAGUGUUUAUUUAUUUGAUAUAUCUAUAUAUUUUGUGAUGCAAUUAGAUAAAUAUGCUGUUUUUCCUCAUGAGUUUGUCAUGCAUUAGAACAACGAAUUUAUUACAACGAAAUAUUUUUUGAAUAACUGGUAUGUAAAUCAAUGGUCCACUAAUCUCGAUUGAAUUGUAGGCCUAUGAUUUAUAGAUAAUUUAGGUACAGAUAAUAGACUGGCAAUUCAUUGUAUGACCAAAAAUUACAUCGCAAGUCACAUUUUCUUUCACGUGUGUUCACGUGCUGAUGUCUGAGAUGUUUAUAUUCAUCACCACACUAAAAUUAUACAAUAAGUUACAUUUCGUUAUAGUAAGUUAUUUUUUAGUGAAAACAUAUCUGCUAUCCAAAGAUCUUUCUUGACUUUUCAGGGUCGUGCCCUUUAUUGCUUUAUGCACAUAUUUUGUAGUAAAGUCGCUGUGACAGUCAGGUUUUUUUAAGGUAGCCUGUUUUGAUUUUCAUAUUUUGUUGUUUAUUCGUUUAUCUUUUUUAAAUAAAUUAACAAUCAAAACAUGUUGAUUCUUUAAUCACAAAUGACGAAAAGCUAAUAAAAUAAAAUAGUGUCUAUUUAUUAAAUUUAAUAAGAUUAAAGAUAAUACGAUUAAAGAUAAAUUUGCCAAGAUAUGUAAAUUCAGUGGAAAACGGAUGAAGAGUGGUCAGUCACGUUAGGCAUUGGAGUGUGGGUUUUGCUCUACGUGUGUUUGCUCCUUGUUCUCCCUCUUGGCUGAAAGGCCGUUUCCCCAGAGAGGGGGCAGGUGUUACUCCAGACGAGCCAAGACAACCAAAUUACUGGCCGUCUGGCACCUCCCGUGGGAAACACACACACACGCACGCGCGCGCGCGCGCACACACACACACACACACACACACACACACACACACGCUCUCACAGAGAGAGAGAGAGAGAGAGAGAGAGAGAGAGAGAGAGAGAGAGAGAGAGGGAUAUUUAUACUUAUACCAUUUAUACAUACACAUAAUACAUUUAUAUAUACAUAACAUAGCAAUUCAAUAUGCCAUAGGUAUAAGUAAAAACAAGCAUAUUUUAAUACUGAUAAGUAGCCUAUGCUAAAACAUGAAGCAAUUAGGCCAUUAGCAUGGUGUAUCUGUAAUUUUUGAAAUGUUUAAAAAAAAUGAAAAAUUGAGAACAUAUACAUUAUUUACUUACAUACAUAUAAAUAUUAUCAGUGUUCAGUGUUUUUCUGAUAGUGGAUGAACAAAGAAUUGUAGAGUUUUCUGGAAGUCUUUUGCUGUUAUCCUUAGGUUCUUUUUCACCUCUCAGGAUUGUCUGUUGUGUUGUUAGAGUGAUCUUUGCAGGAUGCCCUCUCCUAGCGAAAGUAGCAACAGUCCAGAAUUUUAUACAUUUGUAGACAUUGUAUCUUACAGUGGAUUAAUGAACACCCAGGUCUUUAGCAAAGCUUUUGUAGCCUUUUCAAGCAUCACUGUAAUGGACUCUGUAAAGGUCCUGUGAAAGCUUUUGGGAUCAAGGCAUAGUCCAUACUAACCAGGGCUGC